AUUUGCAACUCAACUCGUACCGGUUUGUGAGAUCCAUGUUUGUUUCUAGACCACGUUGUUUAUUCCAAAUAGUUAUUUGUUUCUGAUUUUUAUUACAAAUCAAAAUGUUGGUGCUCUUUGAAACGGCUAGCGGUUUCGCUGUUUACAAAGUUUUGAAGGAAAAGAAACUACAGCAACCUGAUAAUCUGUAUAAAGAGUUUAAAUCUGCAGAAAAGGCAUCCAAGUUUCUGAAACUCAAACAUUUUGAAAAGUUCAGUGAUAUCCAAGAUUCAAUUGAUUCGGCAACAGCAAUCAUAAAAGGUAAAAUGAGCAAAAAAUUAAAAAAGUUUCUGAAAAAGAUUUUUGUUGAAGAAGCGCAAGAAGAGCUGGCUGUCGCGGAUGCCAAAUUAGGUAACACAAUUAGUUCAAAAUUAAACAUAAGUUGUGUUUCUAAUUCUGCAAUACAGGAGCUGAUGCGUUGUAUUAGAAUGCAUCUCGACAGCUUAUUAGAUGGGUUACCUCAAAAAGAAUUAGCUGCCAUGUCUUUGGGAGUUGCACAUAGCCUAUCCCGUUAUAAAUUUAAAUUUAGCCCAGACAAAAUUGAUAAAAUGAUUAUUGAAGCUGUUAAUACUUUGGAUGAUUUAGAUAAGGAAUUGAAUAAUUAUACCAUGAGAUGUAAGGAAUGGUAUGGAUGGCAUUUUCCUGAACUUUCUAAAAUCAUCUCGGACAAUCAACUCUACAUAAAAACGAUUCUAGCUAUUGGAUUCCGUGAGAAUGCUAUCAAUACCGAUUUGUCAGAUCUUCUUACUGAAGAAGAUGAGCAAAAAGUGAAAGAGAUGGCUGAAAUCUCUAUGGGAACUGAAAUUUUAGAGGAGGAUCUGACUAAUAUUAAAAAUUUAUGCGAAGAAGUCCUCCAAAUGCAAGAUUGCAGAGCUCGGCUGUCUGAAUAUUUGAAAAACCGUAUGGCUGCAAUUGCACCAAAUAUGGCAUCCCUAGUUGGUGAAAUGGUUGGAGCUCGCCUGAUUGCCCAUGCUGGGUCGCUUGUGAAUUUGGCAAAACAUCCAGCUUCUACAGUUCAGAUUCUUGGUGCAGAAAAGGCAUUGUUUCGAGCAUUAAAGGCGAGGCACGACACUCCAAAGUACGGGCUUAUUUAUCAUGCCCAGCUCAUAGGCCAAAGUCAUACUGCACUGAAAGGCAAAAUGUCGCGAAUGCUAGCUGCGAAAACUGCUCUUGCUGCUCGAGUAGAUGCAUUUGGAGAAGAAGAUAUAGACAUUGGUGUCGAGCAUCGUGCAAAGUUGGAACGUGCUCUGAAACAACUGGAGGAAGGCAAAACUACUAGAUUAAGUGGCACUGGAAAAGCUAAAGCAAGAUUUGACAGAUACGAAAAUAAAAGUAAAGUUUUCCAAUAUAAGGCUUCCGAUGAUUCAUUUCUAACCACAAAACUUGAUAAAAAGAAACGAAAGUUGGACGAUACGGCUGAAGAGACCGUUCCUGUGAAAAAAGUCAAAUUAGAAAUAAAAAAAGAAGAUGAUUCAGAGUAACCGUAUUUUAUAGACAUUAACUUUUUUUUUCCAGAACUUGAACGACAUUCUUUAUUUUUACCUUUCAUAUCUUAAGAAUCAUUCAAUGUAUAUAUUAUAUUCCAUAGAGAAUUAAUAAAACGUCUUCUUGUUA